AUGGAAAUUCUUAUUGACAUCUUUUCGAGACUGCCUGUAAAUUUGAUUUGUUGCAUCAAAUGUGUAUCCAAAGCCUUGUUAAAGACGGUGGACGACCCUUUUUUGCCAUACAACACAUGCGGUGUGGUUUUCUUACUAGUUGUACCACCAUUGAAGUUCCUCGAUUGGUUCUUAGUACUGACUCCCCUGACUGUAGGAUGCAAUGAUUGCAAUGAGUUAUUGACAAAGAGCAAACAUGAAAUUGUUUCUGAAUUCUGGACCAGACAGUGUUUGUAUGUGCACAAUUUUGUUUUCUGCAACUUGUUAGGCUUUACUUGCCAUGGUGUUGAUUAUAAGAAUGGAAACACAUGCUUGUUGUUGAAUCCUUUCAAGGGAGAAAUUCUAAUGCUCCCAACAACGAGUGACGUACUUCAAGUUUCAGCCAACACUAUCUCCCGACAAGAUUCUUACGGCAUGGGAUUUGAUAAUAAAACAAACACCUACAAGAUUGUUCGUAUUUCGUACCAUCAUAAGUACAGAAAGGGCCAACUGAGCGAACUGACGGCCGAAGUGCUUGUAUUGGGGACAAGCUCAUGGCAGGAGUUACCUGUAGUUCCUCCCUGCUAUGUAAUCAACAAGUCGGCAUCUACACAUGGAGACAUGCAUUGGUUGGUUAAUGGAGAUACAAAAGACUUAUCUUCCUCGUCUAUACGUAUACUUUCUUUCGACUUCAAGAAAAAGGAGUUCUAUUGGACUCCUCAUCCCGCUGCCUUAGAGAAAAAGCCAAGUCUUUAG